CUAGUAGCUAAAUUUACAGCUAAGUAAAUUUUAUAAUAAAAUAAAACAACAACAGUGGUGACAAGUGGAAAAUCAAACAGCGUAAUCACACGCCGGUGGCAGCUACUUUACAACGAAUAUCUACAAGAACAAUAAACACGCCUUAUACGAAAUGCCUGAGAAACGUGUAGUGCCUGUGAUUGGCUCUUUGGCUGACUUUGAAAGCAAAUUGCCUGGUUAUCUGAACUCAAACGCGCCCCUCGCUUUACUACUCGACUACGAUGGCACUUUGGUGGCCCUCGCCAAUAAUCCGGCGAAUACACUUCUCACUUCGAAUAUGAGAAAAUUACUGCACCAAUUGGCCGUACAUCCGAAGGUCUUCUUGGCCCUUAUCUCCGGACGGGGACUGCGUGAUGUGCAAUUAUGCUUGGGCAUACAAGGAAUCACAUACGCGGGCAAUCACGGCUUGGAAAUCGAGAGUGGCGAUGGCACACGUCAUGACUAUGCGCUGCCAGCUGAACUCCAGACGCGCUACACGACUAUCGUAAGAGAAUUAACGGAAAAGCUAGAAAAUAACGGUGCAUGGGUUGAGGAUAAGAAGGUAUCGCUAACAUUUCACUAUCGCGAUGUGCCUGCCGAUUCUGUCGAACAAUAUAGACAAGCGGCUAAGGCGAUAAUUGAAUCGCAUGGCUUCCGUGCAAAUCAAGCGCAUAUGGCGGUCGAGGCGAAGCCGCCAGUCAACUGGAACAAAGGUGAAGCGGCAUUGCUCAUUUUGAAGAAUCAAUUCGGCGAGGAUUGGGCUAAAAAAGUCAAAGUGAUAUUUGCCGGCGACGACACCACCGACGAGGAUGCCAUGCGGUUAUUGCAAGGCUCUGGCAUAUCUUUUCGUGUUUCAACCGAUCCUAAUAUUGAGACCUACGCAGAUUUUCGCUUAGCGAGCCAAGGUGUAGUGGAGGAUUUGUUGACCUGGAUCAGCGAAACCUAUAGUCAAUAAGACAGGCUUUACAAAUACUUACAUAUACUAAUAUACUAGUGUCUUUAUUACUACUUUAUUGUAUCUGUUAUCUUAGGACGUCAUAAAAGGGAGCAUUUACGAAAUUUUGAAAUACAUAUUUUUACCUAAAAUAUGUGCCUUUAAGGUAAUCAGCGAUAAUUAGCUCAAUUAAAAAAUUUGUGUGCAAAUAAAAUAUGAAUUUUUGACAAAAAUA